GUAUUUGAACAUCAUGAAUGGGAAAAUGUGUGUCAGUGCAUUAGCGAUAUAUAGUUUAUAUGUAACGUGCAUUUCUUUAUGUUUAUUUCUGACCGACGGAGGUGUAGAUGCAACUGGAUCAUACUUGGGUUUUCCAACAAAGAUUUGUUCCAACGAAUGCAAAAAAUGGACGCCACAAGAAUGCUGGGAUGGUUACUUAAGAAAGCGUGUCUGGAAGAUGGUGUGCGAAGAGAACAUUAUCAAGUGCUGUCCCGGCUACCAGGGUCCGAACUGCUCGGAAGAAUGUUUCAACUGUGAUAAAAUCAAUGGUUUCGAACGAAGAUUUAUCGAUAUCUAUUCAAAGAUACAAAAGCUCGAUGAAAAAUGUUCCAAUGUCAGUACAGGCGGCGGAGGUGAUGGCGGCAACAAUAGAGAUUGUCAGUGUCCCGCAGGCGUCCGAGGUGAACGCGGUCCCGCGGGUCCUCCUGGUAUCCCGGGUCCGCAAGGAACACAGGGACUGCGCGGCGAACCGGGGACACCAGGGAUGCCCGGAAGUCAGGGUCUCGAGGGUCUUCCGGGAAGAGACGGAGUUUCAGGCACCAAUGGGUUAUCUGGACAGAAGGGCGAUGCAGGUGAACCUGGGGCACCGGGUCCCGCUGGGCUCAGAGGGCUAUCAGGAAGUGACGGAUUAGACGGUCUUCCAGGCCGACCUGGGGAUACCGGGCCUCAGGGUCCUCCGGGAAUGAAAGGAGACCCGGGAACUCCAGGCCGUGACGGCAUCCCAGGAAAUGGCGGGGCUGGUAUUAAAGGUGAAAAGGGAGACCCGGGUUUGCCUGGACGAGAUGGUCUUCGUGGGUCUAAAGGUGAAUUUGGAGAACCGGGAGCUCCAGGACUACAAGGCAAUCCGGGUGUCGGCGGUAUACCGGGCGAAAGGGGCCUAAAAGGAGAGCCGGGACAGAACGGUCUUCAAGGGCAGAAGGGAUCUGAUGGUCAAUCUGGGCUCCCUGGACAAAAAGGCGACCCUGGACCUGUAGGCGAACCAGGGAUACCGGGUUUACCCGGCCUGAGAGGAUACCAAGGGGAACCAGGCAGUGAUGGGCUGAAUGGCUUCCCGGGUGCUGAUGGAGCUCGUGGUAUUGAUGGCCUUCCCGGUCAGAAAGGUGACCGUGGUGAACCAGGACGGGACGGGGUAUCCGGACCUGGUUCCGGUGGGCAGAAAGGCGAGCAGGGUAUCCAAGGCUAUCCCGGAAUAGACGGUGACAAGGGUGAACCAGGAAUUCCUGGUCCUCGGGGUAUCGCAGGAUUAAACGGAGCCAAAGGUGAGCACGGCGCUCCUGGGAUCCCGGGACCCGAAGGACCCCCUGGUGUUGCUGGGAUGGACGGUAGGACGGGACUGAAGGGAGAGCCAGGGUUCCCGGGCAAAGACGGUCGGCCAGGCGAUGUAACGAAAAUCGAGGAGAGCACGAUUAUUAGAGAGCUUCAAAACACUGUCAAGAACCUGCAGACAAACUUGGAGAAGAACAACGUUAUCCUACAGGGCACAACGACCCGCUUGGAGACGACCAUCCGGGAACUUACGGAACUCCGUACUAUCUGCAACAGCAUUGCUAGUUGUCGGUUAAACUGCACCGAGGAGAGCUUCCUUUGCAGCUGCGGAAUGUGCAUCCCCCGGAAGUUCCAGUGUGACGGCUUCCCGCAGUGUCCUGACGGCACCGAUGAGGACCCAAACAUCUGCGAAUACGUGUGCCAGCCGGUUGUGGAUUUCAAGUGCACGUCUUCCGGCCGCUGUAUCCCGGCGGCCGACGUGUGUAACGGGAAAGUCGACUGUCCAGACGGGUCCGACGAGAACACGGUAAACUGCACGAUUAACAGUUGCACGGAGGGUGGGUACCCAUGCAGGGACGGCUCCAAGUGUAUCGCACGCGAGGAGCGCUGUGACGGCAAGGAGGACUGCUCGGACGGAAGUGACGAAGAGCAGUGUAAUGGCAGUUCCCGAGAGUGCAGGCCGGACGAGUUCACUUGUGGGAACGGGGAUUGUAUCCCUAAGCGAGAAAUGUGCGACGGCGAUCCUAACUGUCUCGACGAGAGCGACGAAAGCAAAACCGUUUGUACACGGCCGGUCGUAUGUCCCGAGGGCCAGCGUCCGUGCGCUAACGGCAUUGGCUGCAUAAACCGUGAACUGUUCUGUGACGGCAAGAUUGACUGUAAGGACCAAUCGGAUGAGGCCCCCGGCAUCUGUCCAAAGCCAAGCCCGACACCAAUUCGAAUAGAGACCCCGGCAGUCACAACCACGACCCCGAUCACAACCACGACCACGAUCACAACCACGACCCCGAUCACAACAACUAAGACUCCAACCACAACCACUGCAAGCACAAGCUCUCGGGCGACCCCUACCAGUACAUCCAUCACCAGUACCACCGAGGAUAUAUUCGACGGGUCUGGUGACGUGCCUACGUGCGAGAAGUUGUACGCGAGCUUGAAAGAGUCUAACUUCCCCGGCGGAUUCCCACCGCCUCUCAGCCCGGAUCAAGCUGUUACCGCGGAAUUGUGUCAGUUUUUGCUGGAACAUACCCAAAAAAGAUGUGAAACGGAGGACAUUCCUUUAUGCGAGUUAAUAGAGGGUCUUACAAGUUUGCCUAACGUCAGCGGCAGACGCAGACGACACAAACAUCCGGUGAGCGAUGACGUUGACAUGAAAGGCGCAUUGAAUGACGCAGCGGCGGUGACAGGCGAAGUGUUUGAUGUUAACGAAUUCUCGGACUUGUCAUUCGUCGAAAACAACGACACAAAACCUGCUGAUCUGAAAUACGACGUCGAUGCAAUCUCCCAGAAGCAAAGGGCAUCGGCCGUCGUUGCACAAAGCUCCGCAUGCGCGCUUGCUUGUCUAUAUCUCUCACAUGCUUUGACUCUGCUUGGCUUUGUUAUAGGUGCGUUUACGCGGACUUAACAAAACGUUUAGAAAUGUUCUUAACAUAAAUCGUGUUAAUUUAUAUCAACAAGGUCAGUACCAAAAUGUGCCAUAUGUGUUUAUACCUGUAUUUUUUUUAUUUGCAUCUAUCGCCAAAGUAGCUUCUUGCAUUGCUUAUGUUGAUUGAUUAAAUGAGUCGCGUUCUGAGAAAACUGGGCAUAAUGCAUAUGCGUCAAGUGUCGUCCCAGAUUAGCCUGUGCAUUCCGCACAAAUACCAUAAAAGCGGAAAGUGUCGUCCCUGAUUAGCCUGUGCGGACUGCACAAGCUAAUCUGGGACGAAACUUUCCGCACAUGCAUUAUGACCAGUUUUAUUAUAAGCUAAAAUAUUCGUAAUACGUUUUCAACUAUCUUUCCACGGAAACUAAUACAAUCAGCAUUUGUAAAUUUGUCAUGUUUGGAUGUAUUUGCAAUAUAUUUUGCUAAAUAUAUGCACCAUUAUUGUUGGAUGAUUUACCUGAUUUGUGUCUUUUGGUUGAAUUGCGAGUAUCAUUUCAAAAUUGUUUGUUUAGUCGGUUAACCCUCAAAUGUUAAAUAAUAGGCAUUUCUCAGUCUCUGGCAAUUUCCAAUGACGGUCGGUUUCUUCCUUGUGUUAAUAAUAUGUUUAUGUGUUAUUUUACGUAAAUGCGAGAUAGAGACUAGUUUCAAAGUGUUAUGUUCGCAAUAAAAAAAGAAAAUUAUUGAUCAAUUCAAGAAACAUGAUUUAACAUAUAUGUUAUAUACAUCUUUGCCUGGUUUUCUGAAGUACAAAGCAUGAACAAGAAUGCUGGGUAACCUUUUCACACUAAUCCCAAUCUUUAUAUCUAUAUAUGUUUGACAUAAUCAUUAUGCGCUCGUGAUCUCUAAACUUUCAAUGACUCACUUGUUAACGACAUUUAGGUGCCAGCAUUCGGACGAGGGCGGGGCGCGGACUGCUUAACUCCACUACCAAAAAAUCAGGACGUUCAUUUCAUAUUCCUGCGCGAUGAAAAAUAGUGCGUCAUAUAUUUUAAAAUCCGUGUUGUGGAAUAGUCAUUUACGAACACAGUUCUGUGUAGAUUUUGUUGAAACACAGUCAUUUUUUAUGUUACAUAUGAAUGUAUAAGUAUUAUGUAUUCAAUAGCUAUGUAGACCGUAUAUGUGAUGUGCUUGUAACAAGCCUUAUUAUAAGUUACAUUGAUGUUUUUUACAAAACAAUAAAUAAUUUUGCAAGUGUAUAUACAUUGAUGAGAUUAUUAUUGGAAGUGUUAUUAUUAUAGCGUGUUUACGUUAGAAACAAUAACAGUGCGAUAUAGCAUUAUUUGCAUUUGUAUUUUUUAUGCGAAAUACUGGUCAAUUUUACUAAAUACUGUUAACGUCACGGGAAGCUUUUCAUUUGAAUCAGCAUUUAUAUUAAACAUAUUUUUUA